CGAAUCGACAAGAUUCAUCAGCCCACCAUCUGUUCGACCAAAUUCCCCAACCAACUCCAAUUUCAAAAUUCCUAUCAGAAAUGGCGUUGGCAGCUACGAGAUUCAGUUCAUCAAUCUCCCGCCACCAAAUCCGAGCUCUCUCCCGUUCAUCUUCUCCGAAAUCGAAUCUCGAAGAAUCGAUCCGAGCAGCAGUCGAAGCAAAAGCAUACCGCGAAAUCCCCCAAAUCCUCAACGCAUCAACGGAGCCUUGCCGGAACCCUAACCCCUUCACAUUCCUCUCCCAAUUCCCCGAGCGCCGCCGAAGCGAAACCAUCGAUGAAAUCCUCCAGUCCUUCAUCCCAAUCCGGCCGCGCUCCCAGCCGCGGAAGGCCUACUCCUGCCUCCUCUCCCUCACCCUCGACCCCUCCGUCGACCACCUCCCCCUCGCCCUCGCCGUCGUCCAGCGCACCCUCCGCUCCGGCUGCCUCCCCCCGCCGCAGUUCCACCUCCUCCUCUCAAAAUCGUGGCUGCGGCGACGCCGCAAGGCGUCGCCGUCGCCGUCGCCGCAGCUAAUUUUGUCGGAGAUGAAAUCGAUCGGAUACACCCCCGAUUGCGGCACCUGCAAUUACCUAAUUCUGUCUCUCUCGAAAAUCGAUCAAUUUGGGGAAGCGAUGGAGGUGCUGAAGGGGAUGGGGAGGGCGGGGUGCGUCCCCGAUUGCGACAGCUACGGUGGAUUGAUCGCUGAGCUGAGCGAGGCGAGGAAGGUGGACGCGGCGGCGGAGGUGGUGAGGGAGAUGGUGUGUGAGGAGGGGGUGAGGCCGAGGGAGGAGACCGUGGCGAAGGUGGUGGGGGCGAUGAGGGGGAAUCGGGAGGCCGGGAGGGCGGUGGAGAUGGUGGAGAUGCUGGAGAGAGGGGGGGUUUGGGUGGGGUUUGGGGUUUAUGAGGGGGUUUUGGAGGGGUGUUUGGAGGAGAAGAGGUUUGUGUUGGCCGGGAAGGUUGCGGCCGCGAUGUGUGGGAGGGGGUUUAUACCGUUUAUACGGGCGAGGCAGAGGGUGGUGGAGGGGCUGGUUGGGGUUGGGGAGGUGGAGCAUGCUGCUGUUGUGAGGAGGAGGUUUGCAGAGAUGAGUUCUUAGGGAUUCUACACGAAGAAGAAGAAAUUGUGUAACGAAGGGGGUUCUUGUUGUACGGAUGGUGGUUCGGACUUGGAACGAGCAUGGAUUGAUCGUUGAUGGUAAAGUAGGAUGAUGGGUCGCGAACUGGGGUUCGAUUGAUGACGAAGAAAGAGAAUUCUUGGUUCUGUUCUCGGACUUAUGGUGGAAAAAGGGAUUGAUCAAAUUCUAUUGGACACGUACAUUUGUUAUGGAUCGUGGACAGUGAUUCGAUUGAUGACGAAAAAGGAGAAUUCUUGGUUCUGUUCUCUGCCUCGAUUGAUGGAAAUGAAGGAUUGAUCGAAUUCUAGUGCACAACGUAGAUUUGUUUGUUUGUUUUGAGUCUUGUUCGAGCCGGACAUGAUAAAACACUAUCAUGUCCGACCGGUUUCACCGGGCAUCCUGUAUAUUGCUGAAUAGAGCUCUCACUCUGCAUAAAUUGGGCAUACAGGCAUCCCAGCAAAGUUUAAUCUUGCUAAAGAAUUUGGUCAUUUUGUGUUAGUUUAGAAAAAUUCUUGUGAUUUUUGACUUUUUUGAGGUUGAGGUGAUUUGUAAUAUUCAUGUAUGAAAAUUGGGCUUGAUCCUGAGAAGUUAAGAGAAAUGGGCUUUGGUGAUAA